AUGGAUCCGUGCUCCUUCGUACGGAUUCUCAUCGGAAACUUAGCAAUCAAAUCUCCGGCGUCCUCAAACCCAUCGUUCUCCGGCAAAGUUCACCCUUCCAGUUCUCCAUGCUACUGCAAAAUCAAACUCAGAGGCGUUGAUUCACCACCGUGCCACGUCGCAACCGUUCCUCUAAUAUCAGAAUCAGAAACUCACCCUCACUCUCUCGCCGCUAGCUUCGAUUUCCCAAAAUCGCAACUCUCCAAUAUUAAAAACCCUUUCAUCAAAAUCUCCGUCUAUAAAACACGAACAAAUCCUUCAUGCGUUUUCAAUUCCUCCAAAUUGUUGGGUCAAAUUUCAAUUCCACUCGAUCUCUCCUUAUCGGAAUCACGACCUUGCUCUUUUCAUAACGGUUGGGUUGCUCUAACCAAAAGCAACAACAACAAAACCGAAACUCAAACUCAAGCUCAGCUAUUGCAUUUAACUAUCCGGUCCGAACCGGAUCCACGAUUCAUUUUCCGGUUCGACGGCGAACCAGAGUGUAGUCCACAGGUUUUCCAAGUCAAAGGAGACGUCAAACAACCGGUUUUCACUUGCAAGUUCAGUUUCAGAGAUAGAAACCCGGUUCAAUUUCAUGCUGCUAAUCAUCCUAUGGUAGCGGAUCGAAAAGGAUGGUCUAUUACGAUACACGAUUUAUCUGGUUCACCGGUUGCGUGUGCAUCCAUGGUUACUCCGUUUGUUCCCUCACCCGGUUCACAACGAGUCAGCAAAUCCAACCCGGGAGCUUGGCUUAUUAUUCGACCCGAUGGCGACGGUACAUGGAAGCCAUGGGGUCGGCUCGAGGCAUGGCGUGAGCCUGGCAACUCAAACGGCGUCGGUUAUCGUUUCGACGUUCUCCCGGCCACCGCAGAUCCUGUUACACUCGCCGCGUGUACUAUUAAUUCACAGCACGGAGGUAAAUUCACUAUUGAUGUUACGCCUGGUGUUACUCCGGCGAGUACUCCACACGGAAGCUGGGAUCUCGGGUCAGGAACGAGUUCAAGACCUGGAUCCGGAUCCGGUUCGGAUUUCUCACUAGAGAAUCAGUUUUUCUACAGAGGUUUUGUGAUGUCAGCGAGGUUUGACGGGGAAAAGAAGUGUAGUAAACCGGAGGUGGAGGUUGGUGUGAAGCACGUGACUUGUGCGGAGGAUGCUGCGGCGUUUGUUGCACUUGCAGCUGCCAUGGAUUUGAGCAUGGAUGCGUGCAAAUCAUUCUCUCAGAAACUCCGAAAAGAGUUGCGGCAGUAG